UCCAUGUUGCUUAGCAACAGAAAGCAGUCAAACAAAAAAAGUUUCCUCAGUGAAGACAACAGGCUCACUUGAUGUUGUGUUUUCUCUGAACUAUAACCGCAUCCUGCUGCUCUUUGUUCUGAUUGGUUCCUGGUCCGUCUUUCCCAUCAUGACGGAGGUCGUCCUGUGUGAACCUGCAGAGCUCUACAACCUACUCAACCAGACCCGGAGCGUGCCGAGGCUGGCGGAGACCAACUACCUCUGUCUGAUUGAUGCCCAGGAAACCCGGGACUUCUUGACAGGUCAUAUUAUCACAGCCAAACAUGUGAAAACGGCUGGAGAUGGUACGUUCUACCUGCCAGAUGCAAUGGAGCUGGACACCAUGCAGAAUCUUGUGAUCUAUGACGCCAACACAAGCAGCUUAGAAGAAGAAAACGGUAGGGCCAUUGAUUGUGCCCGGGAGCUGGGAAAAUCCUACUACCGUCCAAUUCAUAUACUAGCAGGAGGCUACAGGCUGUUCUCAGCUAUUUACCCCUUUCUAAGGACUGAGAAGACCCUUUACACCAUCUGGGAGCUUGAAAACUUGAAGCUUUAUCCUUUGGAGAUUCUACCUGGACAGCUGUAUAUGGGAGACCUGAAACAAAGCCAAGGCUCCCUGUGGAACCUGAAAAUCCGUGCAAUCGUCAGCAUCUCACUUUCCACUCAGAGCGACUUUUCAGAGUCUGAAAAAGAAAUCCGGGCGAUCCUUGACAUCCCGCUGGCUGACAAGGCGGAGUCGGAUUUAUUAUCAAACUUCAAAACAAUAUGCAAUUUCAUUAGUUCUCACAUUGAUGAAGGAUCUCGUGUCCUGGUAGUUUCCAAGGAAGGCACAAGCCGCUGCAGCGCUGUGGUCCUCGCAUUCCUCAUACACCACUUCAGAUACACUCUGGAGGAAGCCUGGAGCUACCUUGUUAAACGUAAACCCACCAUGAGGCCCAACACAGGAUUUCUACAGCAGUUGUGUGAGUGGGAGGUUCUCACCAUUGGAAAGAAAGACACAAAUUUGUUAAAACCUCCAUUUUUAUGAGCGAUAAUACAUUUCGCAGUCAAUCUGUCAUGUAUGUUCUUAUGUUUGACAAAUUUUUGGACAUUUAUUUUUAAAGGCAAUGUACAAAAUUUUCUUAAUAAACCCAUG